AUGGCGAUGAAGUGGAUUUCUGUUUGCCUUGUGGCAGUGGCCGUGCUUGGCUUGUCUGAUGCACAAUAUUACAAGCAGCCGCAUCAGCCUCAGCCUCCUCCACCACCAAAGUACACGCCGCAGCAGCAUCAGCCCCCGAAAUACACACCACCAGCUCCACCGAAGCAGCCUCAGAGGCCACAGCCUCCACCCCCAAAGUACACGCCGCCACAGCCUCAGCAGCCUCAGCAGCCACAGCAGCCAGAACUGCCACAGCAGCCACAGCAGCCACAGCUGCCACAGCAGCCACAGCAGCCACAGCUGCCACAGCAGCCACAGCAGCCACAGCAGCCACAGCUGCCACAGCAGCCUCAACCUCCUCCAAAAAAGCCUCAAACGCCUCCUUCAGAAUCAUUUCAUACCUGUGAGGUAGACAACCACUACAAGAUACAGUGCGGACCAGCAGGCAUCUCUGCCUCAGAGUGUGAUGCUAUCAACUGCUGCUUUGACGGACAGAUGUGCUAUUAUGGCAAAGCUGUAACUCUCCAGUGCACCAAGGACGCCCAGUUUAUUUUGGUGGUGGCCAGGGAUGCCACUUUGCCCAACAUUGACUUGGAGUCGGUUGCUCUUCUCGGAGAGGGUCAAGGCUGUACACCUGUCGGCACCACUUCAGCAUUUGCUAUCUACCAGUUCCCUGUCACUGCCUGUGGUACUGUCAUGAUGGAAGAGCCUGGUGUUAUAAUCUAUGAGAACAGGAUGUCCUCUUCAUAUGAGGUAGGAGUUGGACCUCUUGGAGCCAUUACCAGGGACAGCACCUAUGAGCUGCUUUUCCAGUGCAGAUACAUUGGCACAUCAAUUGAGGCUCUGGUCAUUGAGGUCAACUUGGUUCCUCCACCACCCCCCGUGGCGGCUCCUGGACCCCUGCGUGUGGAGCUCAGGUUGGCCAACGGACAGUGUACUAUCAAAGGAUGUGUCGAAGAGGAUGUUGCCUAUAGCUCGUUCUACACCGAUGCUGAUUACCCUGUCACAAAGGUCCUGAGGGACCCUGUCUACGUGGAGGUACGAAUGUUGGAAAGGACCGAUCCUAAUCUUGUUUUGACUCUUGGGCGCUGCUGGGCAACCUGUGACUCAAACCCCUACAGUCUUCCCCAGUGGGACUUGUUGAUUGAUGGAUGCCCCUACAGUGACGACCGUUACCUAACAAGCUUGGUUCCUGUUGACUCCUCAUCAGGACUCGCGUAUCCAACCCACCACAGACGUUUUAUUUUCAAGAUGUUCACGUUUGUGGAUCAGACAACCUUAGUACCCCUGAGGGAAAAGGUGUAUAUCCACUGCAACACAGCAGUGUGCCAGCCCUCUGCCGGAAACAACUGUGAACCUAGGUGCUUCAGACAGAGGAGAGAUAUUGCUGCUGCUGUCCAGAAGACUACAAGAUCCGAGACUACCAUGGUUAGCAGUGGGGAAGUUAUUAUGAUUGACCCAACUCAGACUGAGAGGUCCUAA